AGCGCGUUGGCUCGACUGCGGCAGCGCACAAGCAACAGCCAGAACUCGCCCGACCAUUCCUCAGGGAUCUCCGUGAGUGGGCUAGGGCGUCUGUCUCUGGGAGGGGUAGCUAAACAGAGGACAGCCGUACUGCUGCAGCGGUCGGGCCAAGCCAUCACCACCACAGCACACUCAGCCCCUGGCUCCCCAUGUCUGUCGGUUGGCAGCGCCGAGUCCACCACCGAUCUCAUCUCCACCGCCUCCAGUGCGCUUCGACGUCUACACUUCAAAUCCGCGGGUGGCGGAUAUCGCCGCAAACCUGGAUGCCCAAACUCAUCCGCGCCAAUGCCCAAGGUCGUGCUGAUGGGCAGUGGGUCCGUGUCCGUGGAGUCCGUCGGGACCAACUUCAACAACACAAGUACGGACUCGUCCAACACAGUGAUCACUAUGGUAACCGUAACCGAUAGCGGGGAGACGGAAGACAGCUUUGACCAUCCACCAGAGGACAUGAUGAGGAUCACUACCAACCUGCUGGAGGACAUGCUGGGCCCGUGCAACACCCCGGGGUCCUCUGUGGAGAAGGAGGACGAGUUCUUCUCAGCGUCCAGCACCGAGGAGCAGCCCAAGCCAUGUGAGGAGGUCAAACUCAUCUUCCAAGGCGUCGAGGAGGAAGAUGAUACGAACAUGAUACUGCUUCAGCACACCAAGAUACCUGUGGAAAACACUAAGACCAUCGUAGAGGAAACCUCUUUGCCCAUCCUGCAGUCCACAGAUCCCGCCGUGGAGUGGUACAACAUCAAGAUGCGCCAAGCCAACUUGCCUCAGAACAAAAACAACCUGUCCGCCAACAAAAGACUGAAGAUGCUUUCCAAAAGGUACGCGAAGAAUAACUUUGAAGAUGAACCGAGGGGGAGAAAACACGGAAGAAACUCCUCAGGGUUUGCUGCCGAACAGAUGACUAUUGAGAGUGAAGAAGACCCUACAGCGGUUACUGCCUCACCACCAAUACCGGACUCUCCCACUGCGAUACAAUCUGUGUACCAACCAACAAGAUCACCUCCACCCAAGACUGAAACUAUAUUUACCUUUCCGGACAUUCACGAGGAAAAAGAAAAGGAGAGGGAAAAGGAAAAAUCUCCGUCUGUUAGUAAAAAGCUGAAAACGGAAAAGGAUGCUUCUAACGACUCCUGUAAGGCGACGCCGACUCCUACUCCGGAACCGACGAUACGAGGGACUCCAGCGACCAUCGUGGUGCAACAGGCUUCGGUCACCGGAAACUCUCCGGAGUUCUCUGGUUCAGAGAGCAUCAGUCAGGAACACUCGGAGUCCGAGAGGAGACCGAGCAAGAGGAUGGACAACGACUUCAAACAACUACUGGAUGUCACUAACAACAUCACGAUACAACAGAUGCACGACUCUGGGCUGAAAUACUGCAGCCCGCACCACAGUAGGUCCCAGUCGGUCAAGACGCCCGGGUCACGCUCCAACAUACAACCUCCAGGCGCCUCCCGUCACCGCCCCAACUACCUGUGCCUGCCCCAGCAACGGUCGAGGGUCGCCUCCAUGCCUAACACCGGCGUCGAGGAGGAGUACUACCGCCUGAGACACUUCAGCAUCACCGGCAAGGGAGUGGUCAAUCGCGGGGACUCUCUGAAGAGCCGCCGGUCAAGAAGUAACAACAGCGUCGCCAGCAGCAACUCCAGUCAUAGCACGGAGCACCUGACGACAGGAGGUGCCGUGGUAGGAGGCUCGUACCCCGGGUCCGCCCGCACCUCUGCUACAACCUCCCUCGCCUCGUCCAGAGAGAGUUCCUGCGCCUCCUGUCCCGGUAUCACAGCACCCUUCCGUGUCGUGAUGCUAGGGUCCGCAGGGGUCGGCAAGUCGUCACUCAUCAGCCAAUUCAUGACGUCAGAGUACCUGCACGCCUACGACACAUCUAUAGGUUCGUCUGUCGAAGAUGACGAGUGCGGAGAGAAGUCAGUUUCAGUUCUGUUAGACGGAGAAGAAUCUGAGCUCACCUUUAUAGAUCACCCUUCCUCUGAGAUGUCGCCCGAGGACUGCCUGUCCAACUACACCUCACCUCACGCCUACUGCGUCGUCUACUCCACAGCUGACCGAGGCAGCUUCCAACAGGCAGAACAGAUGCUGCAGACCCUGUGGAAGAACGACGCCAUCAGGACCAAGGCUGUGAUUUUGGUCGCCAACAAGACGGAUCUUGUACGAAGCCGAGUCGUCUCCACGCAAGAUGGGAAGCUGAUGGCGACAGCUUACGACUGUAAGUUUAUCGAGACCUCGGUCGGCAUCAACCACAACGUCGACGAACUCCUGGUCGGGAUUCUAACACAGAUCCGUCUCAAGCUGGACAACCCUCCGGAGACUCACUACGCGAGGCGAAGGAGUCGCUCCCCCAUGAGCGGCGGCCCUGGGUUCAGGAAGUACCGGGGUCAACGAACCUCAGCCUCGCUCAAGGUCAAGGGGUUGCUCAGCAAAGUGUGGGCGAGGGACUCGAAGAGCAAGAGCUGCGAAAACCUACACGUUUUGUAGGGGUUGAGGCUAAAGCCAGAAAAUACCUUGGUAGUAGGACUUUCAAAACGUCAUCAAACAAAUAGAGUGAUGCUGUUGAAGGUCCCACAACAAAACCAUAGUUGAGCGAAUAUUGUAUUUGAUCGUUUAUAUUUCUCAAAUGGGCUACUCAAAAGUUGCAUCAAAGAGUUAAAGGUAUACAAAUACUAGAGGUUGUAUUUUUGUUGUCCACAUCCUCCACUUUAGAACUUUCUAUCGAUAUUCUACUGUAUAAGUUACAAUAACUACCUAAAACCAUUAUUUUGCCCCGAUCAGACAUUCAAGUUCUGUUACCUAAUAAGUUAAGACAUAAAUACUGCUCUUUUACUAAGUUACAUGUACUAACCUUUAAAAAAUAUGUCUAUUAUGAAUAUUUUACAAAGUAUAUCUUUAAAUAAAUUUUAGUUAUGAGUUUUGAGAAGUAGGGAUGUUUGUGCAUUUAACAACAAUUGGAGUAUUUAAAUUUCUUUUAUUAAAUAUAAUCCACAAAAACAUCAUAAUAUCAAAUUUGCAUCCUUUAUAUUGCAGCUCAGUAUUUCCAACAAUGCAAAGUUAGGCAUUCGCACGUAUGAACAUUGAGAACAUCAAUAACCGACUCAACGUAG